AUAAAAAGGAAAGUUAUCUUUUUGACAAAAUGUACAGAUUUGUGAAAUCUUUGUCUCUUCUCUCUCUUUCUUUCUUCUUUGGUUAUUUUCUAACCAAACACAUUUUGGAGUCUGUCUGAGGAGGAGAGUGUAAUAAGAAGAAGAAUAGAAGAAUGGGUGUGGAUUUGAGACAAGUGGUGGCUGGAAUCCUCACCAUUACCAUGUUUGUAAUGCUCGGACAAAUGCUUCAUAGAGACUACUUUGAUGCUGUUCAGGUUCAAGGAGAUGCACAUGAUAUUGUAUUCCAUGGAUCAAAAGUAGCUCUUAAAGAAGAUGGACUUGUUAGAUCAAGUGAAGGGCCUUGGAUGGAGAAUAGCCAUCAACUUAAACCCUGUUGGUCAAUAUCUCAACCUGAUGAAGAGGUAUCGUCAAAGGGUUAUGUUACAUUCUCCUUAACCAAUGGUCCUGAGUACCAUAUCUCUCAGAUUACUGAUGCUGUGAUGGUGGCGAAGCAUCUUGGAGCAACGCUUGUGCUCCCUGAUAUAAGAGGAAGCAAACCUGGUGAUGAAAUGAACUUUGAAGACAUCUAUGAUGUGGACAAACUCGUUAAAAGCUUAGAAAGCGUUGUCAAAGUUGUGAAGAAACUCCCAAGCCACGUUUCUUUAAGAGACAUCGCCAUUGUUAAGGUUCCUACAAGAGUUGCAGAAGACUACAUCAAGGAGCAUAUCGAUCCCAUCUUCAAAUCAAAAGGGAACAUCAGAGUCACAACCUAUUUCCCUUCCGUGAAUCUGAGGAAAUCAUCUCUGGACGGUGAGACCGACCCGGUUUCUUGUUUGGCAAUGUUUGGUUCCUUGGAGCUGCAACCAGGAGUGAAUGAUCUGGUGGAGUCGAUGAUUCAGCGGCUUAAGACACACAGCAAGAACUCUGAUGGCCGUUUCAUAGCCAUAGACUUGAGGGUUGAGAUACUUGAGAAGAAAAACUGCCGUGAAACAGGUGCAGCUGGAUCCAAAACCUGUUACAACGCACAAGAGAUCGCAUUGUUCUUGAGGAAGCUUGGGUUUGGCGGUGAUACAACUAUAUACCUGACUCAGCCAAGAUGGGAGAGCAGCCUCAACAUUCUUAAGGACAUUUUCCCUAAAACGUUUACUAAGGAGGCUAUAGUACCGGAAGACAAGAAGUCGAAGUAUCUUGAGUUGGAAAAUUCAGAGUAUGAAAAUGUUAUUGACUUCUACAUAAGUUCAAGGAGUGAUGUAUUUGUGCCGGCCAUUCCCGGUCUGUUUUACGCUAAUACAGUUGGUAAAAGGAUAGCUUUAGGCAAGCCUCAAGUGUUGGUUCCAGCAGAGAUCUCAGGAACGUCUGGUCUUUCUACUGAUUACAUCUCUCCCUACAUCUCAAAGAAGAAUCACUUGGCGUAUUCAUGCUUCUGCUGAACUUCUCUGGUCUCAUUUACGAGGGGAAGUGCUUUUGCCAAGAAAAACCAUGAAAGGGUCUUCUCACCAAGUGAAAAGCCAUCUAGUUACCAGAGGGGUUCCGGUUGUUUAUUGAUAAGUUUAGUUCGGUACAAAUUCGAUUUUUUAGUCAAGUAUAUUCUCUCAUUGGGCUUGUCUUGUUUAGGAAAGGUAACUUUCGUAAUUUACAGUUUGAAUUGAAUCUAUUGGCUCAUAGUUUUUUCUUCCUAGUC